AUGAAGGCAGUGUGGGGGCAGAGGAGGGUUCUUGGGCUGCAGGUGCCCACCCCUGCCUGGCCUGUCCAGCUCUCCUGGUCCCAUCUGCUCUCCUGCAGCUGCCUGGGGAGGCUCCCUGGCAAGGACGACUUUCAUCAGCUCUCAUGUCAAGACCCUCCUAGUGAGAUGUGCAAAGCAGUGCCUGCUGGAGCCCACCAGCCAUGCAGGGAGCCUGUUGAAGAUACUGUUCCUGCCACGUCCCUAUUGGCUCCUCUGACCAAGUGCCGUCUACAUCUGGCCUCUUCCAUUUCUCCAGGCCCAACGAUCUCCCCAGUUUCUGUUCAUCCACACACAUCCUUGAGUGCCUCUCAGUCACCAGAACCUUUUCUUCCACUGGAUAGUCUUUCACCCCUGCCACUUGCUCGUUCCUCUCCCCCAUCAUGUCCACCUGAUUCAGAGGCCUCCCCUCUGACAGCCUCCUCUGCCCUACCACCACCUGACUCAAUUCUGACUCUUACUCAGUGUGACUCUUCAAUGGCACUACCACUGGGCACUGUCCCACAGAGCAUGUCUCCACAUACUCCUUGGUCAGCUUCUGUCGUCCCAGCCAUCUCAGACCUUGGUCACUCACGCUGUCCCAUUUCAGCCCUGUCCCGGUGGCAGGCAGCUGCCAAAUCCUUGUGCCUAUCAACCUCAUCACAGUGCAAGUUCCAAAAAAAGCACCUUUCCCACAACCCACCAGAGGCCUCAUCCUGGGUAGGCCCCACAGACAGACAAGUAGAGGUGAGUAACCCUCCUUUGCUCAGCUCUGAUUACCUAGAGAUACAAGUCACAAAGAGAGUUGAGAUCAAGAUUCAGAAGGAAAAAGAAAACAAUGGUUCACAUCUAAAACAAAUGAGCCUAAACUGCCACCUGAAUUCUUUGGGAAACAUGCUGAAAUCACUAGGUACUGAGCAGGACACUAGAACCCCCCAACUUUUCUGGAGCACAAAGGACAAACCAGAGCAGCUGCCUUGUCUUCAGCAGUGCUCAUAUCCCAAGGUCUUGGGGGACCAUCUACAGCAGAAAUAUAACCAGUUUUUCUGGGGUCUCCCUUCCCUGCACAGUGAAUCCUUGGUGGCUACCGCCUGGAUCUCUGAGAGCUCUUCGGCACCACAGUCUCCUUCUUUCUUAUUCAAUGUAAUUUUGAAUGCCUGCCCAGUUGAAAUGCUAGCUAAAAUAUCUCCACUGCUUUGCCAGUUCCAGCCCCUGUCCCAUCUAGAGUUCCAGUCUCGACCCUUUAUUCCAACAAUACCUCAAUUCCAGCCUCCACUUCUGGCUCAGGUCCAAACCCAGGCACAUCUCAUAUCCUCUCUCCUAAUCCUACCACCUUCUUCUCUACCCCAGAUCAGGGCCUGUGGAGUACCUUGCCCUACAGCCCAGAGUAAUGUACAAUUUCUUACCCCAACUGAGAUUCAACAUUCAGAAUUGUCCUUGUUGCAGAAGCAGCUAGAAAAUGAGUGGACUUCAUCUUCUGUAGUCAAAGGAUCUCAGGAACUCUCUAGUGUCUUCACUUCCAACAUUCCUGAGGACAGCUGGGCUGCCUCCUUCAUUCCUGAGAAUUUUCCAAUCAGUCCUGAGCUCCGGAAGCAACUGGAACAACACCUCCACAAGUGGCUCAUCCAACACCAGUGGGAGCUGCCGCAAAGGAUCCAAGAGUCUUUAGAGAUAAGGCAGCUUCAGGGAGAAUUACCAGGGACAUGCCAGGCAAAGGACAAGCAUGGACCCUCACAGCCCUCUUCGUUUAUAGGUGAGAGCAACAAGGAUGCACAGAAAGUGGGGUUCCAGCUAAGUCAGAAACUGGGCAAGGGUCUGGGACAUAUUCUGGGGAAGGUCCCAAAAGAUCUCUCCAGAAGCUCAGAAAGCUCCCUAGUGAAGUUUCAGGUGAAAUCUGAGGAGUCAAAAGGUGACUUGAGGCUCUUGAGGAGUGACUCAGGAAUUGAUUUACUAAAGAGCUCAGACAAGAAUCUAGAAAACAUUUUGAAAGGCCAUUUGGACAAAAAGUUGGGGCAGAUCAAUGAGGGUUUGAUUCCCGUGAAUGAGCAUCAAUCCUGCCUUGCUCUCGAGCAUGCUUCUCCCAAGUCCGAUAUUCACAUGGAAACCAGAAAUCCAAGAAUCUUGAAGGGUUGGGAACCCUGCGUGAACACCUCCCGUAGGGUUUCCUUCCUUGAUGCAGACACUCAAGAGGUGCUGGAAGCACAUAUUAUAAAGCUUCGGGUAAAGCACAGGUGGACCCUACCCCUCAAGGUCCUCAAGCCCAUAAAUCUCUUUAAGUUGAAAAAGUUUCAACCCUCCACCAUUCUGCAGGUUGCCUUUUCCCCUUCAGCCACCUGUGUAUCUGGGUCCCACUCGACAGUCAAGUUUGCUGAGUUCCCAGGAAAAACUCAGGCUCAUUCAGGAGAGAAGGUGAUAACAGAAGAGUCAGUUCCUACCCUGAUGAGGCCUCUCCUUGUCCCCUCACCUGUGUGUAAGAAAAUCCAGAGUGCCCUGGGAGGAAUUCCAUCUGGUGACUACCAUGGGCCCUCAAAGUCUUCUCUGACUGGAGAGGAGGGCAGGCCACCUUCUCAGUCCCUCACACUCAGCCUUGUGGGCAGAACCUGGAAGAGUGAGACUGUGGAAUGGGUCAAGAGGGACAGCCUAGAGCCAGGCCCAAGUUCAGCAAUGGUCAGGAAUGAGCCAAGAGAGGAGAGUGGUGGUCAGGCCUCACAAGACCCCUGCCAUAGGGUAACAGUGAUGGAGGUGAACUUAGGAUCCCAAUCUUUGAGAGGUGAAGAGGCCAGAGAGGCUGUGGGGGCCAAGGAGUCCCCUGCUCUUCAACCACAGUCUAGUGUUAUCUUGGAAACAAAGGUAUUGACAAAAGCCCAAACCACAAAUGUACAUAUGAGGAGUUUAGAGGUGCCAGGGACCAGUAAAAGUUUCGUACUACCUAGAAUGUCUGUUCUCCAACAUCCAGGUGAGCCAUGCCUUAACAUGGAGGUUGCUAGUGAGCUUAAGUCCAAAGUAAAGGUACAGUCAGACAACCAGCUUCAGGACUUUCCCAAACACAUGUUCCUUGCUGCAGACAACUUGGCUUCUCAGGUGCCUCAGUGCCAUCCCCAGAGAGUCCCCACCAGAGACAGGUUAGCUUCCCAGGAGACAAGUGGCCUUAUGGCAGCCCAAAGGAGCAACCUAGAGCAGCAGGAGCCCAAAACUUCAAAACUUCAGGACUCAUGGAAGAGCCAGAGCAAGAUUAUUGCUCCUACUUACAAAAGAGAGGACUGUAGGAGGCAUAAACCAAGAGAUCAUGAGGAAGGGUUUAAAGAAUUAGGGACCUCUCAAGCUGGAAGUAUGAGCCGCCUUGCCCAGGUCAGGGGAAUAACAGACUCUGUUGGGAGAAAAUGUCUCCAGCUCAUGCCAGAGAAGAAACAUAGCCCUCCAGAAAACCUCUUCAGAAAAAGGAUGAGGCUAUUUUUAAAGCGGAUUUUCCCCAAUGAAAAAGUCAAUGGUCAGGAUGCUCUGCAAAAAUUCAAGCCCAUAUCAGCCACUGCCCAGAGUCACGGAUCAGUCAAAAACAGAUCAAUCUUGAAGAGUGAGACUGCUGAGGGUCAGGCACUCAUGACAGCUGUUGGACAGAACCCAGAAGAAAAAAUAGCAGUUCAUCAUGGACUUCAUGCCACAAAGUUAAAUGAACACAAACAGGAAUUCCAAGCCAAAGUAUGUGGGUCUUUCUGCUACCAUAGGCUUUCCUCCUACCCAGAGCAAGGGAGAAUGAUGGGUUAUAUAGACUGUAGUCAUCAAGCCAUCUCCAAGGACCAGAGUUGUUCUAUCAGGGAAAGGGAAGUCAGACACAAACAUAGUUUGAAAAAUGUAAGAUUCAAUGAUGAGCAGCUGGGCCUAAGGUGCCUCCCAUCCUCGACCCCCAAGAAGAGUUUGUUUCCAGUUAGUACCUGCAAGUAUGCACCAAGGAUUCCAGAUGCCCCAGCCCACCAUCAACACUGUCCAAAGCAUUGUCAUCUUUGGGGAGGUGUCCUGCCUGGUCAACAGUAA